CGGUUAUUUCAGACCACAUAAAAUAGAAUCCUAUUUGGUGAGAAGCCAAACAACACGUCAACAAGGAAGUGGACUUGCCACGUACAAAGAUUCAAAAGCAUUUCAUGAAUCAAAAGACCUAGACUAUAAAAGCGAGAGUUUUUAACGUAUCAGAGGCAGUCUGGGGUAGUUGCUAUUUUCACUAUAUUGCUUACAAAGGCUUCGAAUUCAAAGAACACAGCAGGAAAGGGAAAUUGCGGCGAGCAGUGAUUGAGAAAGUCUGUUGCCUGUAAUAUGUUUUGGAUAAAGCAUCGUUGAAACACUUCCAAAUCAUCACAAAUUAAAUUCUCAUUAACAGUGCCUUUGUGUUUGCUGCACGUCUUUGUAACUAGAUCAGUUAUCCAAUCUUGUUUGGUUAAUACUGGGAAGCAAGUUCUGUUCCUGGAAGCGAGCACUUGAGCUGGCCUACACAAGAUUAUUCAUGUCUAAUCGGUUGUUCUCCAAAAUGGGCUUGCAAACACUGUUGCAGAUGAGCCAGAGUUAAUUCGUUUUCAUGAAUGUGGAUUUUCAGACCUAGGGAGCAGCUACAAGAUGGAGGGUGCGGGCGAAUCAAUGGAAGAAAUUUAUGCUCUUCCACCAAAGCUAAAAUACAACGAGAGCUGGUUGGAGAUCAAAGAGAAAAGGGGGUUCAAAGAUUACUGGGUUGUUUUGAAGGGAAACUAUAUGUUCUUCUUUAAGGACCAAAACACCCAUCUUAAAGAGCAGCAUGUUGGUUACCUUCCAAUUGAAGUCCAACAAACAAAGUGUAACGCAAAGAAAGGAAGCAGUAGAGAAUUUAUACUAGAAAUGGGGAAGAAGAAGCACAAUCUUCGUGCCACUGACGAUAUUCUGAGAAAGAGAUGGGUAUAUGCGAUUGAGCUUGUCAAUAGAGCUAAUUCCCCUGGCCCUUUGCCAGGCGAUUUAGAUUUUGAAGAAAUACAAGAUAACACACCAAGCCCAAAUAAAAUGAAGCAAAGAGCUAAAAGCGUUGCGGCAGUUUCUACUAGUCAGCUUCUGUCCCAAUCGUCACCGGGAAAUAAUUUAAAUUCUGCUUCGAGGCUCCGGCGUGGUGUUAGCCUCAAUUUGAAAAGCUCAGCUUCUGAAUUCAAUAACAUUAUCGAAGAAGAUGCUUUACCAAAAUACAAUAGUGUCUUCAUUCCACCAAGUUGGUACUUUGGCAACAUUUCAAGACAGGAAGCAGAGAAAAUAUUAGCUGUCUAUUCAGUUGGAAGAUAUCUACUUCGUGACAGUAACAGAAAUAACUCCGUUGAUCAUUAUGCAUUAUCAAUUAAGGAUAAUCUGAAAAUAAAACACCAUAGAAUAGUUCCUCUGCCAAAUGGAAAAUACCAGUUUGAAUCGCUGCAUGACAUGUCUUUCGCUACGCCAAUACAUGCAAUCGAAUAUUUGCUAGAAGGAACUUAUCCAACUUUACAAACUCAGCCAGUUUUUAUGGACAUCCUAGAACGACGAUCAGGAGAUGGUCAGGAAGAAACCAAACAAGAAGAGUCGCCACGACAUGUUGGAGGGAGGAAAUUAUCCGAGAAUCCGUAUGCAAUAAACUCACCAAAUCAAAAUGGCAGCCCAUUAACAUCGAGCCCAACUUCGCCUCCACCGUCGUUGCCCAGUCCGCGUGUUGUACGGUCUGUUGAUGUUCCACAUCAAACGGAUUUCAGUAGAGAAAAAACUAGGAAAGCUCGUUCAUUACCUGGUACAUCUACAAUGAAAGGGAGGCCGCUUCCUGACCUGCCUAGUUAUGCGAACAGUGACUCAAUUCGACUUCACCAGCGUGGAUGUAGACCAUCAUACAUCAAUGUUGAGCCGACAUGGAACGAGAAUGAAGUCUUUGGGGGCAUGCCUGACACUGUCGAUGUUCCUCCGCCAUUGCCGCGAAAGAAAGUUUCAUUACCAGCAGGACCGUAUGCAUGUCACGUAUACGAAAAUCUUCCAUUUCAUGCUGAGAGUGGAUUAUUAAGUGACCAGAUGGCACACUCAUUCAAUAUACAUCGGCAAGACUUUCAAUGUAACUAAUGUCAAAGCUACGACUGCAGUUUCAAAUAUUGGCAUGUUAUAAGAGAUAAGCGUCUCUCGAACAGCUACACCUCUGCACUGGCACAUUUGAAUCUACAGGCUCGCGAAUUGAAUUGACGAUAUCUCUGCGUCUAAAGCAAAGCAACCAACAGUUGAUUCCAUAGACCAGAUUCAUUCACACAUGGUCAUAUCUACAUUUAGAAUGGAACUUUGUUUGCCACGCGACCAAGCCAGAUAUCAAGUGUCUCAAAGACUAGCUUUUUCCAUAAAAAGUGAUCCCCGAAUGAAAACAGAAACUUUUAUUUGUUUUCUUAUUAAAGGACCACUAUGAUUUAAUGUAAAUUACUUUUAUACAAUUGUCAAUAACCAAAGGUAAACGUUAUUUUUAUAAAGAUUUGUCCGUAUUUGUAUCUUUUGCUUUCAGCUGAUUGAAUAAUAUUUUUAAUGGGUAGAAUAAUGCUACCUUUAGCAAAAGUGUAUGUAGGAAGUAUUUUUUAAAGUUUCAGGAAAGUAUUUAGGAUUAAAUUUUGCAGUAGUUUGUUUUUCAUUCUCCAUUCGUCAACGAAGCAUAAUGGAAACUGUA